AUGGUCUCCACGCGACAUCACCCGAGGGAGUUUCCCUCGCCUGAAAAGGCUUCGAAGGAACUAAUCAAGUCCUCACCUGCCACCACGGCCAACGGCAACUCGCGCAAAUGGGUGCAUACCCCCUCCGUCGCGCUCACAAUCUGGCUCUUCGUCUCCUUGCCCUUGGUCGCAUGGGAUGCAGGCUACGUCCUAUUGCGCCCGCAUAGCAUGCCGGGAGGCCGACUACAUUCACCCAUCUGGACCCCCUAUGCGCUCUACGGAACGAUCGACUAUAUCUACGGCUGGCCCGCCUACAAUGCACGCAACGGAUUCACCGCUGCGCAGACCGCGAUGAACAUUGUUGAGACCAUCGGCUACCUCUACUACCUGUGGAUUGUGUACUUCUAUGGCUCUACAAUCCUGAGCGGUCGUGGUGCGCGCAAGACCCAAAAGGGCCUUGUUUGGAUGUUGACUGGCGAGAAGGUCGUCCCUGGUCGUAUUGGCGCGAUUGCGCUCCUGGUCGCAUAUACUGCUUCGGCGAUGACCCUCAGCAAGACCAUGCUUUACUUGUUGAACGAGGUCUUCUCGGGCUUCGACAACAUUGGCCACAAUGAUCUGUCGGCUAUGAUCUUCCUGUGGAUGAUUCCCAAUGGUCUCUGGAUUGUCUUCCCUACAUACAAUAUGUAUGGUCUCGGCCUGGAAAUACUGAAUGCACUUGAGCAGGCGACACCGCGCGGAAAGCCCGGCCGCCCGAAAUCCACAUAG